GAUAUUUAAGCUGCAAACUCCGAAUCUGAAACCUAGAAGUACUUCUACACGGUUCAGGAAAUAUCAUUUUACAGCUAAAACAUGAGUAACGACAUAUCCAAGAAGAAGGGGAAGAAUUCAGGCGAUAAAAAAGCGAAGAGAAAAGCGAAAAGGAGGGAGACUUACGCCAUGUACAUCUAUAAAGUUUUAAAACAGGUCCACCCGGACACGGGCAUCUCCAGCAGAGCCAUGAGCAUCAUGAACUCCUUCGUGAACGACCUGUUCGAGAGGAUCGCCACGGAGGCGUCCCGGCUGGCCCAGUACAACAAGCGCUCCACCAUCACCAGCAGGGAGGUGCAGACCGCCGUGCGCCUCCUGCUGCCCGGGGAGCUGGCCAAGCACGCCGUGUCCGAGGGCACCAAGGCCGUGACCAAGUACACCAGCUCCAAGUGAACAAUGAACUGAAACAGACUUCACUUGAUUUAGUGGGUGUUUUUUUUUUGUUUGUUUGUUUGUUUUUGCACCUACUGGACACUAAAAUAAAUGCACAAUGCUGGUUUAUUUCUUUCCCCCAAACCCCCAUUGUUUUUAACCCACUUUUUUUUGUACUUAAUCACUUUGGCCACUAGAGGGCGACAAUGUACUGAGAUUUUUGGAGAGAAACGGUCCCUGUGGAUGUGCACGUGUUGCCCAUAGUACUGUAUUACUUGAAGCUCAUUUUAUCAAGCAUUAGGUUUUUUUUUGUUUGUUUUUUAGGAUGCAGAAUAAUUAUCAUUGUGGACUGUAACUUUAAAUUUUGUGUUAAGUGUGGGAUAUAAUUCAGCACUGAAACUUUUUUUUAUUUUAUUUUGUAUAUAAAUGCAUUGCAAAGCAUUUGAGUCUUUGCUGUGAAAUGGUACUGUAAUUGUGUCAUCUAUCAUGCAUGCAGAAGAUUUAUUAAACUCAAAAGCUUGAA